UGUGCGGUGACCGGUGAGUGUGCUCGGCUGGUGUGUGUGUCACGCAACGUCUUAAGUCCGAUCUGUGUACUCGCCAGAAUGAAGAGCUGAGAUUGCCGUCCGUGAAGCAGCUCUAAAUUCUGUAGAGUAUCAGGCAGCUGAUUUUGUGAUGAAGCCCGAACCCAGCAAGGUCACACAGGUGAGGGGAAGAUCUCCAGUGCCUGUUGGAUUUUUACCUAAAACAAAGCGCAUAGCCUAGAGUUACUUACACUUUCAAUGUAGAUCCAGUACAAUGACUCCGUGAAAGGCCAGGCGGCAGAGGAGCCUGGCUACCGAAGGAUGAACGGCGAGGAGGAGUUCUUCGAUGCGGUCACAGGCUUUGACUCUGAUAACUCUUCUGGGGAGUUUUCAGAGGCAAAUCAGAGACACCCUGGAGUGACUCAUGUGGACACCCACAAAAGCAAUGGGAUUGGACGAGUUCGGGAGAAGCCCCUGCGAGAGAAUGGAAUUCAGAAGCACAGGACAUCACUACCUGCCCCAAUGUUUACGAGAAGUGACUUCAGUGUGUGGAGUAUCUUAAAAAAGUGCAUCGGCUUGGAGCUGUCCAAGAUCACGAUGCCGAUCGCCUUCAAUGAGCCGCUCAGCUUCCUGCAGCGGAUCACAGAGUACAUGGAGCACGUUCGGCUGAUCCGUGCAGCCUCCCGCCAGCCCCAGGCCCUGGGGAGGAUGCAGUGUGUAGCUGCCUUCGCGGUCUCGGCCGUGGCUUCCCAGUGGGAGAGGACCGGCAAGCCGUUCAAUCCGCUCUUGGGGGAGACGUUCGAGCUGAUCAGGGAAGAUUUAGGAUUCAGAUUUAUAUCCGAACAGGUCAGCCACCACCCCCCCAUCAGCGCGUUUUACUCGGAAGGCCUCAGUCAGGACUUCCUGUUCCACGGCUCCAUCUACCCGAAGCUGAGGUUCUGGGGGAAGAGUGUGGAGGCGGAGCCCCGGGGCACCAUCACGCUGGAGCUCCUCGGACAUAAUGAGGCCUACACUUGGACGAACCCCACCUGCUGUGUCCACAAUGUGAUUAUUGGGAAGCUGUGGAUAGAGCAGUACGGGACGGUGGAGAUUUUAAACCACAGGACUGGAGAUAAGUGUGUGCUUCACUUCCGGCCGUGUGGACUGUUUGGAAAAGAGCUUCACAAGGUGGAGGGGCACAUUCAAGACAAAAACAAAAAGAAGCUCUUUAUGAUCUACGGCAAAUGGACGGAGUGCUUGUGGGGCAUAGAGCCGGCGGCGUAUGAGUCCUUCAGGAAGCAGGAGAGGCGGGGCGAGCACCCAAAGAGGGCAAAGCCGGACGAUGGCACCGAGAAGGCUGAUGGCCACGCGAUGGAUGCCAUGCCUGAGGUUCAAGACACUGUGCAGGUCAUUCCGGGCAGCAAGCUGCUCUGGAGAGUCAACACCCGGCCUCCCAACUCUGCGCAGAUGUAUAACUUCACCAGCUUCACCGUCAGCCUCAACGAGCUGGAGGACGGCAUGGAGGCGGUCCUGGCGCCCACAGACUGCCGCCUGCGCCCUGACAUCCGAGGCAUGGAGAACGGUGACAUGGAUCUGGCGAGCCAGGAGAAGGAGCGGCUGGAGGAGAAGCAGAGGGAGGCCCGGCGGGAGCGCGCCCGCGACGAGGCCGAGUGGCAGGCGAGGUGGUUCCGCCCAGGCAGUAACCCGCACACCGGGACACCCGACUGGUUGUACACAGGGUGUUACUUUGAGCGGGAUUUCUCAGGCUGCCCAGAUAUCUACUGAGGGACAGGAGUGGCCCCGGGACCUGGACACUGAAAGGCUGGACUCCGUCAAGUGGCUGCUCUGAGCCUGGCCGUGCCAGAAGCCAGCUUUUCCAGCGACCGUGUUCGUGGAGCUAGCGCCAUCCCUGGUCUAGGAUUUAAUUCUGAUUAACGUUUGAUUGCCAAACAUUUUACUACUGUUGCAGUCUCUUCAUACAGCUUCACAUGGGGUCAUCAUGUUUUCAUUAAGGUUUGGAAAGGAAUCGUUUUUACAGCUCCCUUUAUGGGGUGAAAAUGAGUGGGGGCUUGGUUAGCUUACAGUGCCCUCUUAAUUAUAAAAUUUAUAACUAAAGGAAGAGUAGGAAGGGGUUUGUUUUCUCCUUAUCAUGCAGUGGCAAGGGUGUCAGAGGUAAAGGGUGAAUCUUGAAAAUAAUCCUGCGAAGAGCUUCACACAGGCUGGGAACUUCCCGAACCGUGGCGGUGCCCAAGGGAAGAUCUGUGAAGCAGCAUAUUGAAUGAAAUGAAAAGUUGUCAGAUUCUGUAUUUUUUACCACUCUUCAAUAAUGUAAAGAUUACUUUUAAAAUAUUUAAGUUAAAC